AUGCAAUGUGGUUUGACUACUUGUCGCGGAUCUGACCUCGUACCUGCUGUGAUUGAUCGACGGGCCCUACAAGCGCUAAUUUCUCCGCGCCGCUUCGGCUUACCUGUUCUUAAGGCGAGGCAGCUUGCUAUCACGAGAUGGCUUCAUUGCUAUUCACUUUCACGGGUUUUCCAGAGCUUCUUUAAGGGUUGCUGCCCAAAGACCUACCACGGAUUAGGUGAGCGCAAUCCUUUGGCAUCUGCUGAACUUUUUUCAGCUGCUCGGAGAAUUUCCGCCAAUCAUGUUGCAUCAUAUGCUGUCUGCCCAAGGGAGAAGUGGAGGAGGAUGGGCCAGACUCUGCACAAUCACUGCGGGGGGGUUAUCGAUUAUCUAGGUACGCAGCUCCAUCUCUCAACUCAUUUCUACGUCAUGACUCAUGCAGUCAGCCAGUCAGUCAACCUUGACAGCAGUCCUGGCUACGGUCUCAGCUAUGAUCGGCGUCGGCCUCACCAAAUAUAUGUACGCUGGUCGACGGUCUUCUCAAACGGAGUCGAUCUCGCCUACAGUUGCUCUGAGCAAGUUUUCGAGCACUGCCUCAAUCUUUCCUCUCAGAUGUUGACAUAUCGUUGUUGUGGCAUCUGGUUCUUCGAUAUUGACGGGUUUGGGCUGACAGCAUUGCCUACCUACGAAAGCACCCUGGUAGAAUAUGUCGUUUUCAAGGCCUCUAACUCAACAUGUGUCCCCUAA